GUUUACAGGGCUGAAGAAAUAAAAGAGGACUGAGACACAGAGAGACAUUGAGGGAGUCUGUUAGUGGGAGAAAGAGCAAGGGAGAGAAAGAGAAUGGGUGAGGAGGGAGGGAAGUAAAAAGGAGAGGUGAUGUCAAAGCAACUGAGCUCAGUGAGUAAACAGAGCUUGAGACUACAGCAUGUGUUUAUCUGGAAAGCAGCAGGGGCACAGCCAGUGCCCAUCGACCCGCAGCUCACGGCCCUGCAUCACCCACCUAAUCAUCUUCCUCUUGCUGGCCCAGGGGACGGCCUGGCCAUAUGAUUACAGAUUCCUGUAUAACUACUGUCCAGGGCCAGAGUGGAGUGUGAUGUGCAGAGGAUGCUGUGAAUAUGAUGUCAUCCACUGUAAAUGUCCUCUUCAAGGGACUCCAGUGGGCUACGCUGUGCCAUGCUGCCGUAACGCUGUAAAUGAGUGUGAUCCCUGCAUCAUACACCCUGGCUGCAGCAUAUUUGAGAACUGCAAGCGCUGUAAUAAUGGCACAUGGGGCCCAAGGGACGAUUUCUUUGUAAAAGGGCAGUACUGUGCAGAGUGUCGCCCUGGAUGGUCCGGUGGGGAUUGUUUAACAUGUGGAGGGGUGAUUUCUAAGAGACAGGGUCACCUGGUGUUGGAGAGUUACCCGACAAACGCCCGCUGUGAGUGGACGCUGAGGGUGGACCGGCCUUUCGCCAUUGAUCUGAGGUUCAUGAUGCUCAGUGUGGAGUUUGACCACAGCUGUCAGUAUGACUAUGUUGAAGUGAGGGAUGGAGACAGCUUGAACUCACGUGUGAUUGGCCGUUAUUGUGGAAAUGAGCGGCCUCCUCCAAUCAAAAGCACUGGCAAUUCCUUGCAUAUUCUGUUCAUCUCUGAUGGUUACAAGAACUUUGAUGGGUUUUUCGCCACCUUCCAGGAGAGCUCAGCAUGCACAUCCUCUCCAUGUUUGCAUGAUGGCACCUGCAUCGUCGACUCCUCUAGCUCCUUCAACUGUGCCUGUCUGGCUGGAUACACCGGCAAGAGAUGUGAACAUGUGUUUGAGUGCAGAAGGCCUUUGAUUCCAGUCCAUGGCACUACAGAGCAUUUGGAUGUAAGGGUGGGAGGUUAUGCUCUGUUCCGUUGUGACCCUGGAUACACACUAAAGGGCUUCCAGAUGACCACCUGCCUGUCGGAUGGGUCAUGGAGUACGCCAACUCCACAGUGUGUGCCUGAACAAAACUGUGGUAUUCCUCCAAAGCCAGAGCAUGGUGAUCACUUCCUUGUCUAUGGACCAAAUGAUGUACUUAUUGCUAUACAGUAUUUGUGCUAUAAGCCAUACAAACUAAAUGGAAACCCUCAAAGAACCUGCCUGGGCAACAACACUUGGAGUGGGACUGCACCUACCUGUGUCAAAGGGCUGAAAAAAAUAUCUGCACCAGGUAAUGAACAAAAUACAGGCAAAGACAAGCCCAGCAGACAAGAAGAAAUGGGAAAUACCAAAGACAAUACUCCAUACGAGAAAGAAAAUGAGUCAACCCCAGGCAAAGAUAUUAGACCACAAAAACCUACCCCUGGAAAGGAGAAGGUUGGACAAGAUGUAGAUUUGGGCAAAGACAUUAGGAAAGAUUUCAGAAAAGAAAAGCCGAAGGACAAAGUAGAAAAUAAGGAUGAUGAUGAUAGCAGCCUUAACACAAUUAGUAAGAAAGAGACAGAUGAGGAUGAAGAUCAUGUUAAACCCCUUGACAAAGACAGACAUGUAGAUAGGGGAGAGAAAGUUACAAAAGGUCCAAAAGAAGAUUUGGACAUGGACUUUGUAGAUAUUGUAUUGAUUGACAGAAAGUGGGCCAACAAUCAGACUGCGAAGGACAAAACUGAUGAUGAAGGAAUAGACAAAGGGGAAAAAGUUAUUUAUGGACCCAAAUACUCAAUAGUAAGACUGACUAAAGAUGAGAAAGAAAACAAUUUUUAUAAAAUUGACACCAUAAACAUAGGCAAUAACAGUGAAUCUGUCGAAAGCAAUGACAUAGAAAAAGGUUUGAGGACAUUGCCUCGAAAAGAAACUGCAGAAAGCCCAACAGCUACUACUGACAAUAACAGCACAGCAAUCGUGUCAACAGUGAGCAAAACAACUGAAAGAAUGGCCAUCAUGAUCAAACCUACAGAUAAGUUCAAAGUGGAUUCAGUGAAGGAACAAAUAACAGAACAGGAUUUACCACUAGAAACAAAAGAAGAAUUUCUACCAAAUACAAAGCCAGAAGGUGAAUCUGGGCAGUUUGCUGGAAAUGGGAAUCUCAUCAUCACAGAGGAUAACGGGAGUCAAUGUCCCCCACCACCACCGUUGUAUCAUGGUUACUAUGAGCUGGUGACAGGACUCUUUCCUGAAACGUUGGAGUUCUUCUGUAACCACUCUUAUGCUUUGAGUGGCAAUACACAGAGGACGUGUCAGCCUAACGGCACCUGGACUGGCACCCAGCCUGUCUGCAUUAGAGCCUGUCGAGUGCCCAAGGUGUCUGUGCUGGUCAAACAGAGAGUUCUGCCUCCACAAAUUCCAUCCAGGAAAACACCUGUACAUAAGUUUUACUCCUCCUCUGGGGUGAGCAAUUUCUUAAAUAAAGUGCGGCCCACCCAGAACCCUCUUACCCUGCCCCCACUUCCAAAAGGGUUUCACCAUCUCUACACACAUAUUGAGUAUGAGUGUGUGUCGCCUUACUACGAGCAUUCUGGAAGUGCUCGCAGAACCUGUCUGAAGACAGGGAAGUGGAGUGGCCGUCAUGUCUCCUGUUCACCAGUGUGUGGGAAGCUGAUGAACUUUGACCCCCAGCAGCCAACAGAGACUAACUGGCCCUGGCUGGCUGCCAUCUACCGUUUGCCUGCUAUAAGCAAACUAGGGAAGAUCUCUGAUGUGGCUGGGACAAAGGGUAAAAGCAUGGAGCUGAUGGAAGAAGAGCGUGACUUGGACAGGUGGCAACUUGUUUGCAGCGGAGCCCUGGUGAACCAGCGCAGUGUGGUAGUAGCUGCCCACUGCGUCACAGAGCUGGGCAAAAUAUAUCCACUCGACACAGCCAAAAUCCGAGUGGUGCUGGGCAAACAGUAUCGCAGCGAUCUGAGAGUCACCAAGGGAUUGCAACAAUUACGGGUAUCUUCUACCAUUCUGCAUCCUAACUAUGAUCCCCUAGUGCUGGAUUCAGAUGUGGCCAUACUGAAGCUCCUGGACAAGGCUCGUAUUGAUAAUUAUGUGUUCCCGAUCUGCCUACCAGAUGCUCACGAUAUAGUAGAAGAAUCCAGACUGGCAAUAGUAACGGGCUGGUCCCUGAUACCUUACCAGAAGGCUGGAGAUGUUGAGAGAAGUCGUGUGGGCCAUGUGAUGCUAGGUGAUCUUGUUCACUGCGAGCAGCAGUAUGCCAAUCAUGGUGUUCCAAUCAGCGUAUCUGAAAACAUGCUGUGCGGGCGACAGGGCAAUCAGUCAAACAUUUGCCCAGCUGACACUGGAGGGGUUCUGAUCCUCCCGCCAAUCUCCUCAGAGUCCAGUUUCACUCUUCCACAUGGACAGGUCUCGCCAGAGUGGAAGCUUCUAGGGUUGGUCAGUUUUGGAUAUGAUUCGUUAAACUGCAAUCCGGAGCUUUACACAGUGUACACUUAUAUAGCAAAUUUUGUUGAAUUUAUAGAGGGGAAUAUGAAAUAGGCCAAUGUGAAAUAUCACAUAUUUGUCAUUCAUAUUGACCAUUUUUUUCCACCCCUUUAAUACUGCCACAUGGGGUUAAUGUACAGGCUAAAAUACACUGGACUAUACAAUACACAGAUGUAUAGGGCAUGGACUUACUUUAAACCUUGCAUUAACCAUUAUAAGGGAAACUGACCUAAAACAGCAUGAACUUCUACCAUCAAUGAAUAGCUUCCUCAAAACGUGCUGGUCCUCGGGUACUCAGGUGAUGUAGAAUUAAUGACUUCCAGCUUGUGAUGGUAUGUUUGCCCAAUAAUCUUUGAAAUGUACAUAAAUUGGUAUGUUUUAUUUUACCAUUGUGAACAUGACUGUAUAUGGUGUAUGUAUUAUAAAAUUGUUAUUGUCAACCCUUAGAUUCCUAUAGCUGGUUUAUAUAUGGACUUGAGCUAUAAAGGACCUAGACAUGCGUAAACAGUUGAGAUAAGACAAGAUGUGUGAAAAUCAACACCACUGGGUGGCAGCACUAAACUAUACUGGAGUCAGACAAAACGAUGGGAUGUGUUCCACAUUACAAACCCAUACAUCAGUAAAAACCAAUAUUUUGUUUCUAUUUUUAAAUUAAGAGCAUGUGAAACAAUAUUAUUAAGUACUAUAUACUGUACACACACACACACACAUAUAUAGUGAUAAGGCUAAGUUCGAGGGCAAUGGAGGAGUCAGGAGACAGCGAACAGUUGAGUGUUUAUUCACACACACUUUAGCUUCACAAGGUAAAAACAAAGAAAUGGUUCUUAGCAGCCAGCUCAAAUAGGGCUUUAAAUGAACACAGUCUCUAGCUUUAGCUGCGGGUCUCUCAUCCACCACUGCUCUGAGCCACUCUCUCUCUCUCCUCUGCCACUCUGGCAAGCCUUACCAGGUCUCCCUCCACCAUCACUAUAAUGAGAGACAGGUGUUAGAGUAAUUACAGCCCAGGUGAUGAGCCUUACUGCUUUCCCUCUCCCGCAGACAGACAGGUGACCAUGCCCCCCCAUGCCACAUACCCCCACCUGCCUACUCCCCCCUCCCGCCCCCCACCAUUUCUGGAGAGAAAGUCAGCCGCAACCAUCUGCGCCCCCUGAUCUGUGGAUCACCUCGAACUUAAAGGGCUGAAGAGCCAGAUACCAACGGGUGAUCCGUGCAUUAGUAUCCUUCAUGCGGUGGAGACACUGCAGAGGAGCGUGAUCGGAAUAGAGGGUAAGGCCCGCACCAGCAGGUAGUAGGAGAGAGUAAGAACAGCCCACUUAAUCGCAGGACACUCCUUCUCAAUGGUACUGUACUUUGUCUCCCUGAAGGAGAGCUUGCAACUAAUAAACAGUACCAGCCCUUCCUCCCCUCCCACCUCCUGUGAGAGCACCACCCCCAGCCCCCUGUCAGAUGCGUCCAUCUGCAGAAUAAAGGGGAGAAAGAAGUCAGGUGCAUUUGACAGUGGCCCCCCACAAAGUGCGGACUUUACCUUAAGGAAAGCCUGUCGGCACGGCUCUGUCUACUGGACUGGAUUGGGAGCCCCCUUUUUAGUAAGGUCAGUCAGCGGGCUGGUGACAUCAGAAUAACUAGGCACAAACCUCCGGUAGUGGCCAGCUCCAAAAACUGCUUUACCUCCUUUUUGGUCUUGGGCGUCGGGCAAGCUGGGAUCGCUGCGGUUUUAUUAACCUGUGGACGCACCUGUCCAUGACCCAAGUGGAACCCUAGAUGCCUAAAUUCAACCCGUCCAAUUGCACACUUCUUCAGGUUGGCCAUGAGUCCCGCCUGCCGCAGCGCUCUCAGGACAGCCCUCAGAUGUUGCAUAUGCCGCCGUCAAUCAUUACUAUAAAUGAUAAUAUCGUCUAGAUAUGUGGCGGCAUAUGCUGUGUGUGGUCUAAGGAUCUUGUCCAUGAGGUGCUGAAAGGUGUCCGGGGCUCCAAACAAACUGAAGUGGUGUAAUCCGAACGCUGUGGAAAAAGCAGUUUUUCUUGAGAUAUUGGAGUUAAAGGGAUCUGCCAAUAACCUUUUGUUAAGUCCAGCAUCGAGUAAAAUUGAGCCGCACCCAACCGAUCGAGUAACUCGUCAAUUCGCGGCAUUGGAUAAGCGUCAAAUUUGGACACCGCUUUCACUUUCCAGUAGUCAACACAGAACCAGCCCGAGCCGUUGCUCUUCGGUACCAGAACUACCGGGCUUGCCCAACUGCUGUGCGACUCUUGUAUUAUGCCCAUUUCAAGUAUUGCCUCUAAUUCUUCCUGAACAUCUUUUUCUUGUGUUCAGGAAGAUGAUAGGGGCGUUUAUGAACCACCACCCCUGAGGUGGUCUCAAUAUGGUGCUCUAUAAGGUUUGUGUGACCGGGAAGGGGUGAAAAUACAUCCGCGAAUUCCGCUUGCAACCGGGCAAUGUAUGUAAGCUGCGACAGUGAGAGAUGGUCUCCACAGAGGACUGGGGUGAAUGAACUUGCCCGGCCCGAGCUCUGCCCUCUCCGGAACUACUCUCACCAAGGCCACAGGCACCGCCUCCCUCCAUGGUUUGAGGAGGUUGAGGUGGUAGAUUUGAUGUGCCCCUCUCCUAUCCGUUUGCCUAACCUCGUAAUCAAGAUCUCCAACUCGUCGUGUGACCUCAAAGGGUCCUUGCCACUUGGCAAGUAAUUUGGAGCUUGAAGUGGGCAGCAAUACAACCAUUUUAUCUCCCUGUGCGAAUUCCCAUAGUCGAGUGCCCCUGUCGUACAGUUGGCAUUGAUGUUCUUGUGCUUGGAGCAAAUUCUCCUAUGUUACCUGCCCCAAAGUGUGGAGUUUUGCUCUAAGGUUGAGAAUGAAUUGAAUUUGGUUUUUGCUAUUCGAAGGUCCUUCCUCCCAAGCUUCCCAUUUGACGUCGAGCACGCCGCAUGGCCGACGCCCAUACAGUAGCUCAAAUGGGGGAAACCCUGUGGAGGCUUGCGGGACCUCUCGUACUGCAAUCAACAGGGGUUCGAGCCACUUAUCCCAAUUUUUAGCAUCUUCAUGUACGAACUUACGAAUCAUGUUUUUCAAGGUCUUAUUAAAUCGUUCGACCAACACAUCAGUUUGCGGGUGAUAAACACUGGUGUGAAUUGACUCAAUACCUAAUAAUUCAUACAGUUCGUGUAGUGUACGUGACAUGAAUGUUGUGCCUUGGUCAGUGAGGAUUUCCUUUGGAAUCCCCACUCGGGAGAUAAUUUUGAAGAGUACCUCCACAACACUACAUGCUGAGAUGUUGCAAAGAGGCACUCCUUCCGGAUAUCGUGUUGUAUAGUCCACCAGAACUAGUACAAAGCGAUGCCCACUUGCAGUACGCUGUAAUGGUCCAAUGAGGUCCAUGGCAAUUCUCUCGAAGGGGACCUCGAUCAACGGCAGAGGGCGCAAUGGCGCUUUUGGGGUGGCUGGCGGAUUCACCAACUGACAUUCACAGCAUGCAGCACACCAUUUGUGUACAUCGCCGUGAAUGCCCGGCCAAAACAAACAGGCCAUUAUGCGGUUCAAAGUCUUUUCGUGAGCUAAGUGGCCAGCCAUUGGGUUAUAAUGAGCUGCCUGGAAAAGUGUUUCCCGGUGGCUAUUUGGUACUAAUAGCUGCGUUGUAUUCUCUUUGGUCUGAGUGUCCUGCAUCACUCGAUACAACCGCUCUUUAAUAAUAGAAAACUAUGGGUAUGUGAGGUCAACAUUAGGCUGGAGCUGUUGCCCAUCAAUUACUUUCACCUGGUCAAAGGCGUGCUUGAGGGACUCAUCACGCGACUGCUCCAGAGGGAAAUCCCCCUCAGGGAAGCCCCUGAGUACGGGAAUUCCCCCAUCUGCAUCAUCAUGAUGCGGAGCAGACGUCGACGGCCCUGGCACUGCCUCCCCUGCCAUAGCAUCGCACGUCACACACCGUGACACUAUUUUGCAGGACUAUCCACAUCCACACACAUUACCCUCAAUUGAUUCCCAGAAUUAGUGGUUGGGUGAGGCGGGAAUUAACCGCAGCCUCGAUUCUAUGCCAUUUUCCCCUGAAUCGUAUUUAAAUGGUAACCACUGGAUACUUGUGAAUGUCACCAUGCACACACCUCACCCUUACCUGUUUAUUCCUAUCCAAUGGCCGCUUUGCACCAAGAAUUAGUGGAUAGAGGUUUGAGAACAACCCGUAUCCACCAAAGCUUGAUGUGUAUCCCCUUUUACUCUUACUGGUAUCUGAUACACCCCUGCCUGAUUGGGGGUGGCCUGUGGAGCAUCAGAGAUCUGGACCAGUGUCUCCACCUCCAUCACCAGACAACGAUCCUGACUAUGUCUGGCUUCUCGUGGGGGCGGUCUCGUCAACCUGGGGGGGAUAGCGGAGGAACACAGGGGGAGUAGG